UGGUGUUCAGGCAGGUGGCAUUCAAAAUAUUAGUUUUAUACAGCGUGAUCUAUAUAAUUAUGGAAGAACUUGUCGUGAAGAGAAGAAGGGGCAUGAUGGAGAUCUACUGUACAUGCAUUUUCAGAAUGAGAAAGAAAAAGAUUCCUCUUUUGUCUAUACAAUGGAGUCAGAUGAGGAAAACAGAGUAAGACGGUGCUUUUGGGCUGACUCAAUUUCAAGACGAGCUUACAGCUUUUAUGGAGAUGUAGUUAUCUUUAAUACUACAUACAACACAAAUCGGUAUGGAAUGAUUUUUGCACCAUUCACUGGUGUUAACAAUCAUGGGCAGACAAUCAUCUUUGCUUGUGCAUUCUUGAAUGAUGAGACGGCCGAUACUUUUGUUUGGUUAUUCAAGGAAUUUCUAAAUGCUAUGCCAGGAGAUGCACCAGAAAAUGCCCCCAAGAUGAUUAUUACUGACCAAGAUCCUGCUAUGACUAAAGCCAUUGCAGAAGCACUCCCACAAACAUUUCAUAGAUAUUGCAGUUGGCACAUUCUUAAUAAAUUUUCUGAGAAGCUAGAUGCGAUUAAAUAUCGGGAUUCCUACCAAGACUUUCAUAGCUGCAUAUGGAAUUCAAGUAGUAGAGAGGAGUUUGACUCAAGAUGGAUUGAAAUUAUUGAGAAGAGUGGGUUGAGUGAUAACAAGUGGCUGGAGUCGAUAUACGAAAUUCGUUCAUCAUGGAUACCAGCAUAUGUCAAUCAUGUUUUCUCAGCUGGAAUGUCAAGUAGUCAAAGAGCACAGAGUCAACAUUCUUUCUUCAAGAAUUAUGUUUCUAAGUGGAAUUCAUUGGUGGAAUUUAUGGUUCAGUUUAAGAGGGGACUUCUUCACCAACGCCAUUCUGAGUUAGAGGAGGAUCAUAUUAAUAUUGAUGAGAAGGCAAAAACUGUCAUGUCCCUUGACAUAGAAGAUCAUAUGGCCAAGGUUUAUACACGUAAACUAUUUUAUGAAGUUCAAGAACAGUUGAGAGACAGCUUCAAAUAUAAACUAGAACUUAUGUUUGAAAAUGUCACUCAAGAACAGUUUAAGGUUAUGCGAAAGAACAUUGAUACUUGUAAGUUUCGUGAACUCACUUACGAAAAAAAAUCUGAUUUUGCAUCAUGCAGCUGUAGAAAGUUUGACAGUGAAGGGCUCCCAUGUCGGCAUGUUUUGGCAUAUUUGAUUAAGAUCCAAGAUGUUGAUAAAUUGCCUAUUCAGUACAUCUUGAAGAGAUGGACUAAAGCUGCAAGACAAAGAGUUGUGAUAGAUUCUGAUGGAAUGGAGAUAAAAGAUAACAAAGCUUUACUUGCAAGGAGGACUAAACUAUUCGAGCAUGCUAAAUAUGCAAUUGAUAAGGUUAUGGUGAGUGAUGAGGCUUCACAGCUCUUUUUGGAAGCAUUGCAUGCUUUUUUGGAGAAUAUUAAACCAUUAAUUAGUAAUGAAAGUGGAAAAAGUGCAGUAGGUUUGGAGACAAAGAAUGAUCCUAUUCAACAUGUUUUUAAUGAACCAGAUCAAGUGAGAGCAAAAGGGUGUGGGAGAAGGUUGAAGAAAGGAAAAGAGAAGAAGAAAGUUAAGGUAAAGGACAGUCAAGGUAGGCAAUGCCAUAGAUGUGGACUAUUUGGUCAGUCACAUGACAAAAGAAAUUGUCCAACACUUCAUGGAAGACCUGCUAUUGAUAAAUAUGGGGAUUCAAGUUCCACUAGUAUGGAUGAUGAUAGCUGUUCAUCAUCUCAUUUCGCAGAAUAA